UCCCUUAUUUAUUCCGGUCACUUGGGUCAGAUUCCGGCGACCACUGUCAGACCCUCCGGCUACUUUUUCCUACCUAUAUAUUCCGCUCUCGAUUCUCCAUUCUCCUUCCUCUUCGGUCUUAAACCGACGAAGAACGAUUGAUAAACACAGAACAGAAGUUGGAAUAGAGGGAGGACGUGGGUUAGGCAUGAAAGCGAACAAAGUUGCCUAAUCCUCACUGUAGUACAAGGCGGCUUUUACUUUCUAUAAAGCAGCCCUUCUCUGAAACUCUUUUCCAUCUCUCUUUCUUCUAAAAGUUCUGGUGAUGAACAGAGCGUUACCCGGAGAUGCUACACUGCCUGAACACGCCGGGGAAUUUCGCCGGGAACGGCGCCGACAUGAGCGUGCUGGAGAGGCAGCGAGCUCGGUUGAAAUGGCAACAAGACCAACUCCAUCAACAGCAGCAACAAAGGUACUUCGACGGGAAUGAGAUUGCCGGAUUUUCCGUGGCCUCCGAUCAGCAGUUUCAGGGUCUUAACGAGGUUCUGACCCGGGGAUUGAAGUCGGACCCGGGUGUAGAUAACGGGUGGCCGGAUUUGGGUCAUUUCGGGGAGGGUGCGAGUUCGGGUUCGGGGAUCGGACCUAGUCGGUUUGGGAUUGGGUCAGGGUUCGACGCGAAUUACGGGAUCUCUAGGACCAGUAGCUGUCCCCCGGCUGUGGCGGCGGCUGUGGAAAUCAAACACGGAGAGGCGGUUCAGGCGGAUAAGAUGAGUUCAGCUGUUGGAAGAGAGAGCUUCAAGAAGAGAAAGGCUGACAAGAACCAUAGCCUCAAGGCAAUAGCAGAAGAUUAUUCCAAGGAGAAGAGGAGCAAAGCAUGUUGCAAUGAAGGGGGAGAGGCGGCCAGGAUCACAGAGCAGGGCACCAAAAAUGACUGCAAGAACAGUGAUAACAUUAAGAAAGAAACUUCUGCAGAUACUUCAAAGGACAAUUCAAAGGUUACAGAGGUCAAGAAGCCUGAUUACAUUCAUGUUCGGGCUCGUCGCGGCCAGGCCACUGACAGCCACAGCUUGGCUGAAAGGGUGAGGAGGGAAAAGAUCAGCGAGAGAAUGAAAUAUCUACAAGAUUUAGUCCCCGGAUGCAAUAAGAUCACAGGAAAGGCGGGAAUGCUCGACGAGAUCAUCAACUAUGUCCAAUCACUUCAGAGACAAGUUGAGUUCCUGUCGAUGAAACUAGCCGCUGUAAAUCCAACGCUUGACUUCAACAUCGAUAACUUCUUCGCGAAAGAGGUUUUUCCAGCAUGCACUUCAAAUUUUCCAAUUGGGGUAUCGACAGAAGUCACCAAUCCGGCCUACCUUCAGUUUAAUCCACUACAACAAGUAGUUUCAUGCAGUGGGUUGGAAAUGGCAUUGAAUGUCCCUUCUGAUAUGGCACUUAGAAGGACUAUAAGUGCUCCCGUGACAAUCCCUGAAUCAUUUCUAGAUACAUCUUGUUUCAAUCAAAUCCAAUCAUCAUCAGCUUGGGAGGCCAAUCUACACAACCUUUAUGGCGUCGAGUUUCUCCAAGAAAGAUUGACAUCAUUUCCAGCCAACCAGCAAUUUACAGGUUCCAAUGAAGCAAGCAAACUGAAGAUGGAGAUGUGAACCAGAAACAUAAAUCAUACGAUUUAUUGGAUGAAUUCAAUCCAGAUGCCUUUUUUGUAAUUCUUUCUUUCCCAUGCGAGUACAUAACGUGUAUAGUUGUAUGUAUACCAGCACUGCAGAAAUAACUAUUAUAAUGAGAAGGCACCUAUUAACCUCGGACUA